AUGAAUUAUUUUAUUUAUUUAUAUAUAUUUAUAUUUAUUUAUUUAUUUAAUAUUGUAAAUUCUGCUGUACCAACAGGAUGUAUUUAUUACAAUCCAAAUGUAAAAUUAAAUUAUGACCUUACCCCACUUAAAUUAACUGGUUAUCAAUACUAUUCAACUCACUUUGCAUCAAGAACCCCAACAUUUGAUAUACUUUAUAACUUUUGUGAUACACAACUGUCCUCGUGUACUGAUAUCUCCACCUCAUGUUUAAAAAAGGAAACCGAUGCAUAUCCACCAUAUAAUCAAUUAUCAGCAGUAGGAUCAGAAACCCAAACUUAUACAAACAAUGGUGUUAUUUUAUCAUAUAGAAAACCUGGAUCUACAUCAAGCGCAUGUGGAACAGCAGAUAAAUAUAGCUAUCUACUUUUAAAUUUAACAUGCAAUCCUUUACAAACAUUCAAUGUAAUAGGCGAAGGUGAUGAAACAGUUGCAUGCCAAUAUAAAAUCAACAUUCAAACCAAACAAGUUUGUGGUACUUGUCCAGGAUGCUCAGCAACACAUGGGCUUUGUAAUUCAAAUAAUGGAAUUUGUAAUUGCGAUAGUCAAACAACAGGAACCACUUGCACUACAUCAAGGCUAUCUAUUGACUCUAUUCAAUCAACAAAUAUUAAUGGUGGUCUUACUACAAUCAAAGGUUAUUUUGGAACACCAAACAAGUUUGGUGGUAUUGUUGAAAUAUGUGGUUAUUUUGGUAAUAUUACAAGUGAAUUUAAACUAUGGAUUGGAAAUACCCAAUGCAUAGAUAUAAAACCAAACAACCAAACCACUCUAACAUGUAAAAUAAAUGGAGGCACUGGAACUAAGAACAUUACAAUUCAAGAUAGAGACCUAUAUUAUUCAUCGAUCAAUAUUUUUAAAUAUACCUUAACCAAAGAACCAUUGCAAUGUCCAAAUAAUUGUACAAAUACCAACCAAGGAUCUUGUAAUAUAGAAACUGGGUAUUGUAAAUGUAAAUAUGGUUUUUCUGGACCAGAUUGCUCAGGGCUUCCUAUUGAUCUUAUAUCUCUAAAUAACCCUCCAUCAUCUUUAAAUGUAAACUACCUAACAUCAAAAUCAAUCAUCGGUAAUGAAGGUACUCAAUACUCAAUUAAUCUAUAUAGCUUGGUAGAACUUAAGAUAGAUGGUUCAAUUGAAAUAGAGCACCCAUUACAAGAUAUUAAAUGGGAUGUUCAAACAAAUUCCGAAGAUAAUAAAGUUAAAAAUACAAUUUUUUCAAGUGAAAUAAAGGGUUGCACUAUUCAAUACACUGUCGAAGAAAUUAAAGAAAAAAUUGAAUAUACCUUUUCGAAUGUAAAAUUUUCAAUGGAUCCAAAUUCAAUUAAAACUACUAUUUCAAUUAAAAACUACAUAUAUAAAUCAAAUUUAAAUACACUUCAACUUAGAAUCAUAUCCUCGACUGGUGGUAAUCAAACAGACGAUUGUAACAAUAAAGAUUUAAACAUUAAUACAAACAAUAUAAAAAACAACCAACCAAUAAACUAUAUUAUAAUGUCCAAAGAUUCCAAAAUUUUCUAUACAGAGAUUGUCAAUCAACAUAUCAGUGAUGGUAGAUCAACCUUUAUGUCAAGUACCUUUAUUUCCAAAAACCAAAACGAUGCAUCAUUUAUUAUUGGUUUAAAUCUAGCUCAUUGUGUCAAAGAAUGCAUUAUCGAUCCCAACUACUCUGUUCUAGUAGAUCCAAAUUACCAAUCCGAAUGCCCAUCUAAAUCAAAUUGGAAACUAGCUAUAAUGAUUGUUGCUCCUAUAGUAUUUGUUACAUUAAUAAUAAUUAUAUCAUCAAUAAUAUACUCUAAAAAUUCAACUGCAAUUAAAUUAAAAAUGUAUUCUUUAAAAAAUUUAUUUUCAAAAAUCCACAAAUAA